AUGUCGGUCGCAGAACUCAAAGCCAAAGGCAACGCCGCCUUUGCGUCCAAGGACUACCAGACCGCCAUCCAGGCCUACAACGAUGCCAUCGCUGCUGCUGCCUCGCCGGAAGACAAUGUUCACGUUCUCUACUCGAACCGCUCCGCCUGUUUCGCUGGACUGCGUGACUGGGACCACGCGCUCGAAGACGCCGAGGCGUGCAUCAAGGCCAACCCCUCCUUCGCCAAGGGCUACGGUCGUAAGGGCGCUGCGCUGCACGGCGCACGCAAGCUCGAGGAUGCCGUCGAUGCGUACCACGCCGGUCUGCAGAUGGCGCCCGAGGAUGCGGGUCUGAAGAAGGGUCUCGCUGACGUUCAGCGCGCCGUCGAGAACGAGGCCGCCAACGGGCCCGGUCCGGAAGCCUCGCUGGGUCAGAUGUUCAACGAUCCUCAGCUGAUCCCCAAGCUCAGCGCCAACCCCAAGACCGCCAAGCUGCUCUCCGACCCGAGCUUCAUGGCCAAGCUCAAGUCGAUCCAGGCCAACUCGCAGGAGGCACAGAUGGCGUUCUCCGACCCGCGCAUGAUCCAGGUCAUGGGUGUGCUCAUGGGCAUCGACUUGCAGGCGUUCGAGCGACCCGAGGGAUCCGAUGAGCUGCCGGCCGAUCUCGAGAACCGUCGUGAAGACAUCGAGAAGCAGACCGGUUCGUCGUCUUCCAAACCCGCCGCCUCUUCCUCUGCGUCCGAUGUCGAGAUGAAGGACGCCAAGCCCUCCGCUCCCAUCCCUGCCGAGCCAGAGGAGGAGGACGAAGAGGCGAAAGCCAAAGCCGCCGCCGACGCCGAAAAGGCCAAAGGAAACGCCCUCUACAUGAAGCGCGACUUCGCCUCCGCCAUCCCGCACUACCAAGCCGCCUGGGACACGCACAAAGACAUCACGUACCUCAACAACCUCGGCGCCUGCUAUUUCGAGCAGGGCAAGUACGACGAAGCGAUCAAGGCGUGCGAGCAAGCCGUCGAAGAAGGUCGAUCCAUGCGGGCGGAUUUCAAGCUGGUCGCCAAGGCCUAUGGUCGAAUCGGUACUGCGUAUGCCAAGCAGGACAAGUUGGAUCUGGCGAUUGCGAACUACGAAAAGUCGUUGACGGAGCAUCGGACGCCGGAUGUGCUGGCCAAGCUUCGCGAUGCGGAGAAGUUGCAGAAGGAGCGAACGAGGCAGGCGUACAUCGACCCUGCCAAGGCCGAAGCGGAGCGUGCGAGGGGUAACGAGCUGUACAAGGCGGGCGAUUUUCCUGGUGCAGUGGCUGCGUUUGGGGAAGCGAUCAAGCGCGAUCCGUCCGAUCCUAGGGGUUACACCAACCGCGCUUCGGCAUAUACAAAGCUCGCUGCGCUCCCUGAAGCUCUCAAGGACGCAGAAGAGGCCAUCAAGGUCGAUCCCAAAUUCGUCAAGGGUUACAUCCGAAAAGCCAACGUGCUGUUCAGCAUGAAGGAGUUCACCAAGGCCAUGGAGGCUUGCCAGAAAGCCGAGACCGUCGACUCCGAGCAGGAAGGAGGCGCCAAGAACGCAAGGGAGAUCCAGGGCUUGUUGAGCAAGUGCAUGAACGAGUUGUAUUCGCAGAGGAGCGGCGAGAGCGAGGAGGAGACGCUCAAGAGGGCGAUGCGCGAUCCAGAGGUCGCUCAGAUCAUGCAGGAUCCCGUCAUGCAGAGCAUUCUCCAGCAGGCUCAGGGCAACCCGGCGGCACUGCAGGAGCAUAUGAAGAGCCCCAUCAUCAGGGAGAAGGUGAACAAGCUUAUUGCGGCGGGCAUCAUUCGCACUCGUUAG